AUGGUAAAAGAUUUGGAAUAUUAUGAUGUUCUUGGUGUAUCACCCAAGGCGAGUGCGAUUGAGAUCAAAAAAGCAUAUCGUAAGAGGGCUAUGGAGACUCACCCGGAUAAACAUCCAGAUGAUCCAGAUGCUCAAGCGAAAUUCCAAAGAGUUGGUGAAGCUUAUCAAGUGUUGAGUGAUGAAGAGUUGAGAAAAAGGUAUGAUGAGUUUGGUAAAGAUUAUGCUAUCCCACAACAAGGGUUUACGGAUGCACAAGAAUAUUUCACAGCAAUUUUUGGUGGAGAAUCUUUUGGUGAUUGGAUUGGGGAAUUUUCCAUCUUUAAACAGAUGAAUGAGAUGGCAGAGAAAGAGCAAGAACAAGAACAAGGAGGUCCGGAUGGUAAGAUGACAAAGGAACAACGAGCCAAGGCACAAGAGAUGGAAAAGAAGAGAAGAGAAGAUGUUUUGAAGCAAAUUGAUGAAUUGAGUGUGAAAUUGAAUAAAAAAAUUGAAGACUAUAUGAUUGCAGAAAAGCAAGGUCGUUUAAAAGAGUAUGAGAUGAAAUUACAUCAAGAGAUUGAAGACAUGAAAUUGGAAUCCUUUGGAUUAGAAUUAUUGCAUUUAAUUGCGAAAGUUUAUCAUGGGAGGGCCAAUGAUUUCAUCAUGUCCAAAAAGACAUUGGGUAUAUCAAAAUUUAUUACAGGGCCUGUUAAUAAUGCCAGAUCAGUUAAAGAGACAUAUAAUCUUGUCUCUACAGGUAUUGAAGCUCAAAAAUCGAUCAAAAGUAUGAGUGAAGUGGAUCAAGAUUCGUUGGAUGAAUAUGAAAAGGCCAAAUUCCAAAACAUGAUGGCUGGGAAGGCUCUUGGAGUGAUGUGGGCGAUGUCUAAAUUUGAAUUAGAACGCAAGUUGAAAGAAGUUUGUAAUAGAAUCUUGAACGACCGACACGUGAGCACCAGCAUUCGAAUCAACAAGGCUAAAGUGAUGAAUUUUUUCGCAGAACAAUUCGAACGAGCUCGGAGAACUCCUCAGGAGGCCGAAGACGCAAGGGUAUUCGAAGAGUUGAUCUUGGGUCAACAAGAAAAACGUGAAAAGCAUCAUGGGAUUGGUAUUCGGUUGUUGUAG